UUUUCAAACUGAAGUCAUUUUCGCUAGUGUUAAACAUCCUCAGAAAACUUCAUCUUCAAAGAGGGGUAUAAAUGGAGCUACCGGAAUGGGUCAACUUACUGUACGACCUUUUACUAUUCGCGGGAAUGGCAUUGAUUUACAUAAGCGAAGCUCUUAUCCUGACCUUCAUUCCACGACGUUAUCGUGCAAAAUCUAUCAAAGGAGAGGUGGCUCUGAUAACAGGAGGCGCUGGAGGAAUUGGAAAGCUGAUGGCCAUCAAGCUGGCCAAACUUGGAGCACACGUUGUCAUCUGGGAUAUCAAUAGAACUGGUCUGGAAGAUACAGUUCAGGAGAUUAGACAAAAUGGAGGAAAAUGCUCGAGUUACUAUUGCGAUAUUACCAAGAGGGAAGAAGUGUACAGGAUAGCGAAGACGGUGCAGAUCGAAGUUGGCCCUGUUACCCUGUUGAUAAACAACGCGGGCUAUGUACAUGGAAAAACGCUUUGGGACUUACCAGACGAUGAAAUCGAGCGCACUUACAGAGUUAACAUUCUGUCGCAUUAUUGGAUUACCAAAGCAUUCAUGAGGGACAUGAUGAAAAACAAUCACGGUCACAUCGUGACUGUGGCAAGCGUCGCAGGACUCUUAGGAACUUACAACUGCACGGAUUAUUCGGCCACGAAAUCUGCAGCUAUCGGUUACCAUGAGAGCCUCUUCAGUGAACUCAGAGCCCAUGGUUAUAAUGGAAUUCACGCGACUCUGGUAUGUCCGUACUUCAUCAACACGGGUAUGUUCCAUGGAGUGAAACCCAGGCUAAUGCCAAUGCUAGAACCUGAAUAUGUAGCAGAAGAAGUUGUAUCUGGAAUAUUAGUGAAUCAAAUAAAUGUUGUACUACCUGGAACAGUUAGAUAUCUCUUGCCACUCAAAUGCUUACUUCCGGCAAAGCUAUGUUGGGCUUUAAUGUAUAAUAUUAUACAAGGACCUCAAUCUAUGAUGAUGUUCAAAGGAAAAGAGGACAAGACAUUGAAAAACAACAACAAUAUUGCAGUAAUAUCCAAAGAAACACGCGUACACUAAUGUGUACUGAGUACGUUACAAGAA